AUGGGGAAUCCGCCAGUUCUGGAAACGCACGAUGCAAGCAAUCUUGCAAAGAAGACGAAGAAGUCGGAGAAGAAGAGAAGACGAAUCCAUCCCAUCCGGCGCAUCGCAAAGCUCAUCCUUGGCAAUGGAGAAAAACAUCAGAAGAGACAGAACGAUGUCCGACGACUUGGUGACCAGCUAGAAGAGGGGAAAACGUGCCACGGCGCAUCAAGAUGGCACAAUCUCCUCCCCUUCCUCGAACCACUCUACGCCUUAGACCCAAAAUUGUCCUUCAUCGAAGACCGCAUCCUGGGCCGCAACCCAACGAAAUCCCAUACCGAAGACUACGCUCCCAUAUCAACCACGCCGCCCAAAUCCCUCGCCGAACUCCAAGCCCACGUCCAGGAAGCAGACCUUCCGUGCACGUGCGACGAAUGCGCCCCGAAACUCUACAAAAUCUCCACCCUAGCCUCCCACGGCGCCCUCCGCGACCGUCGCAACAAACACACCUCCAAAAACCUCCACCGCAAAACGCCUUCCUUCUCCUCCGAAAAGUUGCCCAAACCCACCAGCCCAGCGCCGUCAUUGACCCUCCGCUUCCACGGAACCUACGAAUCCAUGUCCCUAGUCCGCCAUCACAUAUCCUGGCUCGACGCAACAUACCUACACCCAUCCGCGCGCCCCACGCCCUCCGUCCUGCACCUGCGCAGUCUACUCUCCUAUUGGUACCCGCAUCUCACAUCGCACAAUCUCCGCUCCACGCUCUCCGCACGCCAAGUAACAACGCUCUUCGCGCAUCUAAACCGCGUUUUCUUCGCCGGAAACGUCCCAUCCCACAACGACCUCUUAAGCGCCGGAUUCAGCUAUCUAGACUCACGACAAAGUGAUUGUUUCGGCAAAAGUUUCUACAACCCCAUUGUAGGAACGCAGGUCCUCCUCCAUCCUAUGCUGUACCGUGGAUACAGGCCGUUGGACACACCGACACAAACACAGCAAGCGAGGAUGAAGUCGCGGCUAGGUACCCUCCUGCAUGAAAUGAUUCACGCGUUUCUGAAAGCGUAUACGUGUCGGAGUUGUCCCAUGUGGGCGGCUUGUAUAGGCGAGAGGGGACAUGGGAGGGCGUGGCAGGUUUUGGCGCGGAAGGUGGAGCAGGUUGCGGGGGUGGUGGUGGGUGGGAAUGUGGAUUUGGGCAGGUGGCAGAGUGCGUUGAGGGAGUGUGAGGGGGGAUGA